GGUGUUCUCUCGUAGGAGGGCGGCGGGCGCCGUGCGUGUCCGCUUCGAUGGACAACAUGGCAAGCCCAGGUAAAGAUAACUUCAGAAUGAAAAGCUACAAGAAUAAUGCACUUAAUCCCCAAGAAAUGCGCAGACGAAGAGAGGAGGAAGGAAUCCAGCUUCGGAAACAGAAAAGGGAAGAACAGCUGUUUAAACGCCGAAAUGUUUCUCUCCCGGGAAAUGAAGAAUCCAUGGUAGAAAGUCCAAUUCAGGAUCCUGAUGUCAGCUCUACUGUACCUAUUCCAGAGGAAGAGGUUAUUACAGUAGAUAUGGUCCAGAUGAUUUUCUCGGAUGAUCCUGAUCAACAACUCACAGCAACUCAGAAAUUCAGAAAAUUGCUAUCUAAAGAGCCUAAUCCACCUAUAGAUGAAGUCAUACAAAAACCAGGAGUAGUACAGAGAUUUGUGAAAUUUCUAGAGAGGAAUGAGAAUUACACUCUGCAAUUUGAAGCAGCUUGGGCUUUGACAAACAUAGCAUCUGGAACUUUUCUACACACCAAAGUUGUAAUUGAAACUGGAGCUGUUCCAAUUUUUAUUAAGUUGCUUAGUUCAGAACAUGAAGAUGUACAGGAGCAGGCAGUGUGGGCUCUUGGUAACAUUGCUGGUGAUAAUGCAGAAUGCAGAGACUUUGUUUUGAACUGUGGAAUAUUACCACCCCUCUUAGACCUGUUAACAAAUUCAAAUCGUCUUACAACAACUAGAAAUGCAGUCUGGGCUCUCUCAAAUCUCUGUAGAGGAAAGAACCCACCUCCAGACUUCAGUAAGGUUGCUCCUUGCUUAAAUGUUUUAUCAAGACUGUUGUUUAGCAGUGACCCGGAUGUAUUAGCAGAUGCUUGCUGGGCCCUCUCUUACCUUUCAGAUGGUCCCAAUGAUAAAAUUCAAGCUGUUAUUGAUUCUGGAGUGUGUCGAAGAUUGGUGGAGCUGCUUAUGCAUAAUGAUUACAAGGUGGUGUCCCCUGCAUUAAGAGCAGUUGGAAAUAUUGUUACUGGGGAUGAUAUCCAAACACAGGUGAUCCUGAACUGCUCUGCAUUACCCUGUCUCUUGCACUUGCUUAGUAGUCCCAAGGAAUCUAUUCGAAAAGAAGCGUGCUGGACUGUUUCUAAUAUUACUGCAGGAAACAGAGCUCAGAUUCAGGCUGUUAUAGAUGCAAAUAUUUUUCCAAUAUUGAUCGAAAUUCUUCAAAAAGCUGAAUUUCGCACCAGAAAAGAAGCAGCAUGGGCCAUAACUAAUGCAACAUCAGGAGGAACCCCUGAGCAGAUUAGGUAUUUGGUAGCACUAGGUUGUACCAAGCCUCUUUGUGAUCUCCUGACUGUGAUGGAUUCAAAAAUAGUACAGGUGGCUUUAAAUGGACUUGAAAAUAUUCUGCGUCUUGGAGAACAAGAGUCUAAGCAAAAUGGAAUGGGCAUUAAUCCUUAUUGUGCCCUUAUAGAGGAAGCAUACGGACUUGAUAAAAUUGAAUUUCUUCAGAGACACGAAAACCAAGAGAUCUACCAAAAGGCUUUUGAACUCAUAGAACAUUACUUUGGUGUCGAAGAAGAGGACUCCAGUAUUGCACCUCAAGUGGAUGAAAGUCAGCAGCAGUUUGUGUUUCAACAGCAGGAGGCUCCAAUGGAGGGGUUUCAGCUGUAAACUACUGAAGUGAAGACAAGCAUAAAAUGUAAACACUUGUAGGGUUUUGGGUUUGUUUUUUUCCCCAGAGGUCUUUUCUUCAUGGCCAAAGUUAGAGGAAAGGUUGAAUAUGUUUUGCAGAAAUAGAUGAAGAAGCAGCUCAUGCACUUUUAUAUAUUGUGUUAGAUACAACUGUUCUUUGUUUUGUAUUUGUGUUUUUCAUUAUCUCUUAUGUACAGAAAACAACCAUGAGUAAUCAUGUCUAAAGUAAAGCAUUAAAUGUGAUUUAACACGAACUGUUAAGCUAAGACUUGGUAGGAUUUUAGGUAGUGGUUCUGAAUUUUUCAUGUAGUCUCAAACUGCAUAUCAGCAAUACAGUUACUGACAGUUGCAUUUUUGGCAGUAGGCUUGACUUGCCCAGUCUCUAUCAAAUCUACCUCUUGUAUUGAAGCAAAAACAUUGCUUCAGAACUAAGGCGUGAAAUAAAGAUGAGCUUGUAAGAAGCUGAA